GUAUCAGUUAUAUAGCACGAUCAGUCCACCUCGACUUACAUUAGCGGAACAUUCAUCCAUGCGUAUAAUGAAGUUAUCAAAUUGUGGGUUAUUUUUUAUCGUCUCGAUUGUUUUCAGCAUCGCGAAAACCGGAAAUGGAACCGGUUUGCCAAAAGAAGUGUCUGAAAAGCUCGACGAUUAUUGGGAGAAAUACAAAUUGUCUUACAAAAAGAAUUACUCAACGACCAAGGAAGCCAUGCGAAGACUCGCUUGGGAAGAGAAUCUGAUAAAAAUCUACGAACAUAACCUCCUAGCAGCAGCUGGUCACCACAGUUACACCUUGCGUGACAACCACUUUGCCGACCUCAGCACACCGGAGUAUAUAUUGAAAAUGGUCAAGCUUGUUCGUAGCAGAAGACGCCGUUUAUCCGAAAACGACGAACUGGUGAAUUCGAUCAGGCAAAGCGGACGUCAAAUUCCCCCGAGUCUCGAUUGGCGGGAAAAGGGAUUCGAAACGGCAGCGGAAAAUCAAGAGGACUGCGGAAGCUGCUACGCGUAUUCCGUUGUGACUAGCAUCCAGGGUCAAAUAUUCAAGGAAACGGGAAUGCUGAUACCCCUAAGUACACAACAGAUUAUAGACUGCAGCACUUCCGUUGGGAACCUUGGCUGCUCGGGCGGUUCCCUGAGGAACACGAUGAGGUACUUGGAGAAAGCCAAGGGUCUCAUGCCGGAGAAAAACUAUCCCUAUACCGCGCAGCAAGGAUAUUGCAAAUUCGUAAGAGACGACAGCGUGGUGAACAUCACAGCCUGGGCGAUACUUCCGGCUCGUGAUGAGCACGCGAUGGAAUACGCUGUGGCAACUAUCGGGCCGAUAGCAGCUUCCAUUAACGCGAGUCCGAAAACCUUUCAGCUCUACCACCGAGGAGUUUACGACGACCCGGGAUGCAGUUCGGACGUGGUUAACCACGCGAUGCUGUUGGUCGGUUACACGCCCACUUAUUGGAUACUGAAAAACUGGUGGGGUGACAAUUGGGGCGAUAAUGGAUACAUGAAACUUGCCAGGCACAAAAAUCGUUGCGGAGUAGCGAACUACGCUGCCUACGCCAAAGUGUGAUCGCUGGUAAAAAAAAAAAAAGAAAAAAAAAAAACAAACGUUUCAUUCGUCGAAUACCGAAAAAUUCGCAUCGGCUUUCGUAUUUUUUAUUUUUUUUUUUUUCUGCCUACUUUUACUAUUUAUACACCAAUCAAUUUUUAUACGCAUAUAUAUACAUAUAUAUACAAUUCCCAAGGUAGCCUGCAGUCUCCGAUAGAUUAAAAAGCGAAAAAUUAACGUCGAAACGGAUUUUCGAAAUUGUCGGAUUAUACAUUUAUCUUUGUACAUCCAAUGUCGUAAACUGUAGCGAAAAUAAAUAUA